ACAACAACAACAACACUCGUUACAAACAGCUCUCCUCGGCUCUAGCCUCACCCACACAUACAAUGUGAACCCCGCAUCCAUCCCUCUCGAACACAUUACCGCAAACCAAACCCCCACCUUCCCGCAAGUCUCUCCGGAAAAAACAAUGCCCAUUUGCAUAUCCUGUCGCACCCCCGUCCGCACGCUCUACACGACCUACUCCAAAGCCGACGACCGGGCCCUCGGAAAGGGCGUCCGCCUAACACAAUGCCCGCACUGCAAGAAAUUCGCCGACAAAUACGUCGAGCACGACUUUGUCGUCUUAUUUAUCGAUCUCGUGCUCAUCAAGGCGGAGGUGUACCGGCAUUUACUGUUUAAUCGGUUGGAGAGGGGGGAUGAUAGAUUUGAUCGUUCCAUCCUGCGCCUCGGCAUUCUCCUCCUCCUCUUCGACGUAUACCUAACAUGGGCGCGCAUCGAGAAAAUCCCGCUUCCAUCCCAUUCACCCCUCUUCUCCCCUUUUACAGCACCCCCGAAUGCGUCGGCGCUGGCGUCUUCGCAUGGCGCCGUGACGAAUGCAAUGGUGCUCCAGGCGUAUCCGCUCGGCCUCCAGUAUCUGUUUUUCCUCGGCCUGGUCACGCUUUCGACGCUGGCAUUUCACUUGCCGAUUCGCCUGCUGUGCGCGUAUAAUCCUGCUGGUUUGCCUGGUGUGCUGAGGAGGCUGUGGCAGAAGUGUAUUGCCUACUUUCCGAACCCAACGCCGCUGUCGACAGCGCUGCUGGUGUCGUCUUGUACGAAGCUUUUUCCUAUACUGCUUAUUGUGUGGGAGUAUGAUUUGCCUAGUUCGGCGACGGCGGUGAGUUGGGCGGUCAUCGUGAAUAAUAUUGCGGCGCUGGAGAUCUUGAUGGACUGUGGGUAUUUUAGAGCAGGGAUACUGGUGGGUGUCGGGGCAGGUAUGAGGAUGCUUGUGGGAUGGUCAAUACUGCGGGCGGCUGGGUUGGGGACAGGAUGGGAAGGAUAUUUGAGUGAAUGGGCAGUAGCCAGCACGCUAUGGGCUUGGGCCAGCAAUGCGAUUAGUUGGUCUUGACAAAAGGACACGAGCUGGAAAUGCAUUUGUUGGCGGAUUUUCAAGCAAUGAUAUGAUACCCCAUUUGAUAUUCGUACACGCCUAAAAGCAGAAAGAAGAAGUAUUCAGUAAUGCGCCAAACCAAAUGUGCCAAUGCGCGCGA